AUGCUGCAACUCCAUGUGUGGGGGCCGGCCUUUUCACUGCCAUCAAUUGACGCCCAAUGCUUGGCCACUAUUGCAUACUGCGCUCUGGCGCUACCCGCGGGCUCGUGGGAGCUUGUCGCCAGCAGCGAUCCCUCCGUGUCCCCAACCAAUGAGCUCCCCUCUCUCCGCAACGGAUCCGUAUGGGUGAGCCGCUUCCGGAAUAUCGUUGACUAUCUCCGCCAAUACUCCGACGAUGCAUGGAACCUGGACGCCGAGCUGAGCGGGCAGGAACUGGCUGAUAGCGUUGCCUUCACCUCCUUCGUCGAAUCCCGCGGCCAACCCCUCGUCGACCUAUCCCUGUACGUCACCAGCCAGAACUACUACAGCGACACAUCACCAGCCUACGGGUCGCUCCUCCAAUGGCCGAACCAAUGGAUCCUCCCACCAAAGCUACACAGCGCCGCCAAGGAUCGCACCAAACACCUAGGUCUCUCGUCGCUAGACCUAAAGGCGAUGGAAGACGCGCGACAGCGCGAGCACUCCGCCGCCGUAGCAGCAGGGCAGAUCCCUAAGAACCUCAUCCAGCGGCCGCGGGAGACAGUUUCGGGGCUGCUGGGCCGCACGGCGCAGCAGAACCAGUUCCGGCUUGAGGCCCUAACAGCCGAGUUCUUUGAGCCGCUUGAGGCUAUGCUGGGUCGCAAGGCGUAUCUUCUCGCUGCGGAUGAGGAGGACAGGCCGACUAGUCUGGACUGCAUUGCGCUGGGAUAUCUCUCGCUGGCACUCUUGCCGGAACUCUCGUUUCCCUGGCUGCGGGAUGCGAUGCGCGCCAAGGCGCCGCGUCUGACGGCGUACACGGAGCGGAUGCGCCGGCGGUGCUUCGGUGAUGCCGCCACGAGCAUCGAGAACGCCUUUGCGCCUUCGACAUCGGCAUCCCCGCUUCCGUGGCGAUCACCUGAGCGCAUCUCCGUCGCCGCCGUGGGAACAACCCUCCUCAACACCCUGGCUGAUUCCACGCCGUUUCUGCGCGAGGUGCGCCAGCACAACCGUCUGAAACGCGUGGCCGAGUCGCCCGAUGCUGGAUUUUCGGAACGGGAGAGUAAGGCCAUUUCGCAGCAUGCUGAGGCUAGCAAGAUGGACAUGUAUGUGUCUAUUGCUACGGUGGUGGGCGGUGUUGCUGCUCUGGUGGGCUAUAUGUUUCACACUGGGUUGUUUACUUGGGAGUCAGAGGAAGCGGAGGAAGAGGAAAGUGCUGGUACGGAGGGGUUGUCGUUCCAGGCUGGUGACUUCUUGGGGAUAUAG